UACAUCUUCACGAACAGCACAUAUCUUCGACAAUCAAACCACCCAUCAUGGCCGGAGUCCACGGUCAAGUCCUUGGGCACCUCGUCCGUCGUGGCGUAAGCGCUGCCCAGGAACACUUCACGAGCGCCAACGAUGCAUACGUCCAGCAGUUGCAGCAGGAUGCCACCCUCUACGACACCAAGGCCGACGCCGACGUCAACUGGGAGGUUCGCUCGUACGAGAUGAUUCCGAUCAUCAUCACCGGCUUCAUCACUCUGCUGGUCGUUGCAGCAAUCAGAUAUUCUAUCGGUGAAGUCAUGGCCGCUCUCACCAUGAUCGAAUCCCCCUCCCACAUGGCCAUCAUCUCCGACAAGCCUCCCGCCUACGCCGACUCGCCCGACGCCCCCCUCGAGAAAGAGCCGUUGAUGCCCUCCGAGGCGGAAGCAGAUGUUGAGGUCAUGCUCGUCCAUUCCAAGCCCAUCACUACUUCCAAGAUCAGCACCACCAUGGCACACCUCUACAAGAUUGACGGGUUUCGCGGCAAGUUCCGCGGCGCGAGGGUCUCGGUCAUGUACCACCUCCUCCACAGCGUCGUAUCCAACUUCCUCAUCACUGUCUUUGACGCUGGACUCGUUGGAAACUCCCUGAUCUACAUCUUCGUCUCCCUCGGUCUUGCGCGUGUCCACAUGGCUUGGACGCACGCCAUGAUCGCCACCGACUCGCCCGUGUCCUUCUGGCGCAGCAUGCCCGCUCGCAAGCAGUGCAAGGCCAUUCUCCUGCCCACUCUCGCCGUGGCUCUCGCCGAGCAGGCCACCAUCAUCUUCCCCAUCAUCGUCGCCUUCGCCGUCGGUCUGCCUGACAUGCAAUCCGACCACGUCGUCAAAGCCGCUCAGGAUGGAGAAGGAUGCCAGAUGGGUCUCCUCGCUCUGCGCUUGUUGGCCGUGCCAGCUACCCUCAUCUUCGUCGCCGUGGCUGUCCUCCUCCCUGCCACCGUCACUCUCACCCGCAUCGAAGCCGCUCUCCUCCCUGAAGACCGCAACACCAUCGUUCCCUUCGACCGCGAAGCCCUUGUUGGCGACCUCGACCUCACCGCCCGCGGAAGCUCCAAGGCUCUCUUCGUCGAGGCGUGGCGCUCGUUCGACUCCACUUCUCGCUGGAGAUUGAUCAAGCUGUACGUCAAGAUGGUCGCUAUUGAGUUGAGCGUCGUUUUCGUGGCUGCGCAUGUCAUGGUCGCGGAGAUGUACAUUAUUGGUGGUGAAAAGAUUGCUCUGCUCGCCAAGUCGAUGAGCGCGCAGGCCAAGCUGGCGGGUAUUGAGGCGCAGGAGGUUGCGAACUAA